CCUAACAGAAGUUUCCAUAUUCUCCUUGUAAAUGGUACUUGCAAUAACUGGAAGGCGCUGGUGUUUGGAAUGCUUUAUCCUGCAUAUUAUUCAUAUAAAGCAGUGAAAACAAAAAACGUGAAGGAGUAUGUUCGCUGGAUGAUGUACUGGAUUGUUUUUGCGCUCUACACUGUGAUUGAAACGGUGGCUGAUCAAACAGUCGCUUGGUUUCCCUUGUACUAUGAGCUGAAGAUCGCCUUUGUCAUAUGGCUGCUCUCUCCCUAUACCAAAGGAGCAAGUUUAAUAUAUAGAAAAUUCCUUCAUCCACUUCUUUCUUCAAAGGAAAGAGAAAUUGAUGAUUAUAUCGUGCAGGCAAAGGAGCGAGGCUAUGAGACCAUGGUGAACUUCGGACGGCAAGGUUUAAACUUGGCAGCUACUGCUGCUGUCACUGCUGCAGUGAAGAGCCAAGGAGCAAUAACAGAGCGUUUGCGCAGUUUCAGUAUGCAUGACUUGACAGCUAUCCAGGGUGAUGAGCCUGUGGGACAAAGACCGUAUCAGCCUUUACCAGAAGCUAAAAAGAAAAGCAAAGCUGCCCCCAGCGAAUCAGCAGCUUAUGGAAUUCCACUGAAAGAUCGAGGUGAGAAAACGGAUGAAGAAGCAGAAGGUCCAUAUUCAGAUGAUGAGAUGUUGACACACAAAGGGCUGCGAAGAUCCCAAAGCAUGAAAUCAGUGAAAACGGUCAAAGGCCGCAAGGAGGUACGGUACGGUUCCCUAAAAUACAAAGUGAAGAAGAGACCACAAGUGUAUUUUUAGUCAUCUACACUUCAGAUAUCCUAAGAUAAAUAAUGCUAAUAAGUCACUUUGGGCUGGGAGGUGGAGCUCAUUUUCUAUCAUGAUAUAUUUAGGAUUUACACGUUAAUUCUUUGGCUUGUAGCAAUGAUAGUAUUUACUAUGGUGGAUUUAAAUAGUUUUUGCUUAACGAUUUUAGAUACUGACUACUCAAGGUAGUUAUGCAAGGUUUAUUAAUGUAAAGAUCAGAUCAUGGAAAAUCAUGUUAGCUGUUUUCAAUGGCAGCAUGAAGUGCCUGGGACUCAAGAUUACACAAAAAUCCAGAGUAUACUUGAAGAGUCUCUUUAUGGUACAAGAUAACCAUUGUUGUGUUUCAUUGUGUUUACCUCCAUCUGUGUUAUCUCUAUCACAUGCGGAUUGUAAUGAAAUGGGCGGGGCUGUGAUAGACAAAGGACAUAAUGUAAGAUCAUAAAGUACUUUUUAUAUAUUCUUUAAAUUUUUACCUUUCUAAUACUUAACAUUAACUGAAAACUCUUAAAUAUUUGAAAACCAGGUAUCUAUCUAGCACUUUCCUGACUAGUUUUGCACAUUUGAGAACUGUUUACUUAUCUGACAACUGUACAUUGAGUUUAAAUUGUAGUGUCACUGUUUUAUCAUUGUUUGUCAUUCUCUGACAUGUCAAAUUUAUGCCUUAAAAUGCAUCAUCUCCUUUUUUCUAUGGGUUUUAUUUUUUAAAUUUGUGGGAGUUGUAAUAUAAAAAUUUGCCUAAUUGUUCAGUUUUUAAUUAUCUCUGUACAAGUAAAAAGUUAUUUUAAACACUAGCCAGUUUUUCAUAUUUAGAUGCAAAAUGCAGUUGAAGUAAGCCUGUCAGCACCAAUUACAUUUUUCAGUCCUAAAAAUGGUCGCUUUUAUGAAAUAAAGUAAGAGACCAGUGUGGCACAUAGAUACCUCCUAUUCCAUAAAAUUAUCCAGUAGUCAGUUUGGCAUCAAUGGCUUACACCUAUAAUCCUAGCUAUUCAAGAGGCUGACGUCUGUGGACUUUUCUGGCUAGACAGAAAAGUCCUCACGACUGUAUUUCUAAACAACCAGCAAAAAGUCAGAACUGAAGCAAGUAAAGGUAUGGCUGAGGUGGUAUGGUGCUAUUUGUGAAUGGAAAAAGCCAUACAAGAUCCACAGUUCAAGUCCCAUUCAGUUCCAGCACUAGAUAUACACCUCCAAUAAUCAGUUUAUUCACAAGCUUGCAGUAGACACAUGCUGCUGGUUUAUAAAUCUGGUAGACUAAAAUCGUUUGAGUUUUUUUUGGCCAAAACAAUUUCUGAAGAUGAGUAGUACUAGUGUAAAAUACAGAUAUCAUUAAUCCUACACAUCACAAGCUAUUUGAAAAAUUAGCAUUUUGUAAUCUAAUCAAUUUGGAGAUAUUUUUGAGGUUGUACCUCAAAAUCAGCAUAUCUUUGGUAAUGGUUUUGAUGUUCAAUAAUCAAAUCUGUAUUUAUUAUACUAUCCAUUGUACUUGCUUGCCCUAAAGAAACAUAAGAGAGAUUGUGAGAUCUUCAACCUUCCUACCUUUCAAGAAGAAAAGCCAGCCGGCAAUGUAUAUCCAGGGACUCAAGUUUUGACUGGCUACGGAGUAUUCAUUCAGGAGUAUCUAGGGAUCAUUCAUCCAUUGCCUGUUGACUACUGUCGGGAUAUUCUAGACUAUCUCUUGAUGCAUACCAACAAGGGAAAAUUCAUUCCUUUUUUUU